AUGGAAAAAGAACUUUCGAAAAUAGAAUAUAUAAUUGCAUUAAAACAACAAUAUGAAAUAUAUUUAAAAAAUAUUCAUGAGAGAAAAACAUUAGUUUCGUUGCGAAUGUACCAAAUGGUUAUUAUCACUAUCGGAUUUAUUUUAUUAUGGAUUGUAAAAAAUAAAAUGGUUAAAGUACACAUAGUUAUUGCCGUUUUAAGUAUAACAUGCAUAGGAAGAAUAUUAACUCUCUCGGAAAUCUUUUUUAACAAACAACUGAAACACAUAACGAUAAGCAACGAAAUAAUUGAAAAUGCAUCUUUAAAUAGAUUGAAAGAGUUCAAUUAUCAAGAAACAAAAAAGAAUAAGUUUUAUUCAUAUUUUAAUAUGAUAUUAAAUUGUUCUAUAGCAAUUUCGUCCUUUAUUUUAAUAUAUCUCUUUGAAAUAGAAGAUGUUAUAUGGGAUUUUAUUAUCUAUUCUUUUAUUGAAAAUGUAAUUAUUAAUCUCUAUAUGAAAGUAGAGACUAUUUUUAUAGACAAAGAUAUUAAACAAAUUUUUGAUGGAAUAAUUUUUAUAGACGAAGAUAUUAAACAAAUUUUGGAUGUAAAUUUUCUUGAUAAUACAAUUAUUCCCUUAGCAAAAUUGUUAAGUGAUGCCACUGAAGCCAUUUCUUCGAAAACCGGACAAGCAAUUGCUGGAUUAUUAAAUGCUACUUUUGGCAAUGCAACAGAAUUAAUAAUUUCUAUUUUGGCUCUACGUGCUGGAGAAAUUAAAAUAGUUCAGUCUUCGAUGUUAGGAUCAAUUAUUUCGAACAUUUUAUUAGUUUUAGGAACAUGUUUUUUUGCUGGAGGUAUUAAGCAUAAGAUACAAAAAUUUAAUCAAACUGCAGCUCAAAUUAAUGAGGAGCAAGAUGAAGAGCCACAAUUACCUUUUCUACUUUCUAUAAUUUUGUUAAUCAUUACAACUGUAUUUAUUUCUUUAGCUUCUGAAUUUUUAGUUAAUUCAUUUGAAGGAGUAGUAAAAACUCUUGGUUUUACAGAAACUUUUAUUGGAUUAAUCAUUUUGCCGAUUGUUGGAAAUGCUGCUGAGCAUACCUCGGCAGUUAUUGCAGCAAUGGAUAAUAAAAUGAAUAUGGCAAUUAACAUAGCCAUUGGCUCUUCUAUGGAUGGAGAAUCAAACUGGUUAGAGGGAGCGAUGUUGUUGGCGACUUAUACGAUACUUUGGAGUUCCGAAUUUGCUGUUGUCGCUUCUAAGAUUAACUGUAACGGAAUAAAUAAACUCAUUAAUGCCGAAUAUAUUAAAUCGCAAAACGUUAAAAUUUUUGGAACAAUUACUUUAAAUAUUAGUCAUAAUCUACUCUCAAAUUUUAAGUUACAGGAUGUUGAAACGAUUUAUAGUCAUUCAGAGGCAUUUAAAGGAUGCAAAAAUUGGUUAGAUAUAAAUCUAAAGAAUGCGAAUAGAAUUUCAGUUUGCUCAACAGGUGAAGGUGCAAAACAAGCCGCUAAAACUUUACGAGCUGCAUCGAUUUCGAGCAAAGAAUGUACAUCAAAGGCUGUUAUGAACAGUCCUGGUGAUGUGGAGAUGAAUGCCAAUUCAUCAUCUGGAGCCAAAAAAGCAAUAAACAGAACUGUUUCAAGCGUGAUCACACACUCUAAGACCAGUAACACCAAAAGGAAAGCCACUUUGGCUGUAAUUAGUAAUGAAAAGUCAAGCCUAAAUGAUAAUGUUGAAUUGACUGAGAGUAAUGAUGUUAAAAUUGAAGCUGGUGGUGUUGUUUUUGUGAAAAAUAAGGCAAGUUUAAUAAUAUUACUUGCAAGUAAACUUGUAAGUAAUAUUAAUGGUCUUGAAUUAUCGUCAACAGUUGAUGUUGAUGAAUUACCAGGAGAAAUCGUCGAUGAACUACCAGGAGAAAUCGCUGAUAAACUACUAAGAGAAAUCACUGAUGAACUACCAGAAGAAAUCACUAAUAAACUACCAGAAGAAAUCACCAAUGAACUACCAGAAGCUGCUACUAUAAAAAAGCUAUCGCUAUGA